GUAGCACUCAUCCCAUUAAAUACAAAAACGGCGACGUUUCACAUAAUCGCAAACCCAAACUGAGUUACUCAAACGCCUUUCUUCAUAAAUUCAGACGUGUUCUUCCUCCUUCUCAUAUCUCGACACUGUAGCGUUUCCCGAACACCUCUGAUCCGAAAAAUUGGAAUUGAGAGGUAAGGUAUAAGAAGCUUACUACCUAGAGUUUAAAGAAGUAGGAGUUUGAGGGGUAAUAAAAAGAAGAAAAAUCAGGAAAGAUGCCUGCACAGAAGAUUGAAACUGGUCAUGAAGACAGUGUUCAUGAUGUAGCCAUGGAUUACUAUGGAAAGCGUGUGGCCACGGCUUCAUCAGACACCAGCAUUAAGAUACUUGGUUUGAGCAACAACUCUAGUUCUCAGCACCUUGCUACAUUGAAAGGUCAUAGAGGUCCUGUUUGGCAGGUUGCUUGGGCUCAUCCCAAGUUCGGGUCAAUCCUUGCUUCCUGUUCCUAUGAUGGCCAAGUGAUAAUCUGGAAGGAAGGCAAUCCAAACGAGUGGAUGCAGGCUCAUAUUUUCAAUGAUCAUAAAGCAUCUGUGAACUCCAUUGCUUGGGCACCUCAUGAACUUGGUCUCUGCUUGGCUUGUGGAUCUUCUGAUGGUAACAUCUCAGUCUUUACUGCAAGGGCUGAUGGUGGCUGGGACACUACCAGGAUAGACCAGGCCCACCCAGUGGGAGUAACAUCUGUUUCAUGGGCCCCAGCAAUGGCUCCUGGUGCCUUAGUUGGAUCUGGAUCACUGGAACCUGUUCAGAAACUGGCUUCUUGUGGUUGCGACAACACUGUAAAGGUGUGGAAGCUAUAUAAUGGAAUUUGGAAGAUGGAUUGCUUCCCUGCCCUUCAAAUGCACACUGAUUGGGUGAGGAGUGUAGCGUGGGCACCCAACUUGGGGCUUCCAAAAUCCACAAUUGCAAGUGCUUCACAGGAUGGUACAGUUGUUAUAUGGACUUGUGCCCGGGAAGGAGAGCAUUGGGAGGGUAAGGUUUUGAAGGACUUUAAGACCCCAGUUUGGAGUGUCUCAUGGUCGCUGACUGGAAACUUACUGGCCGUAGCAGAUGCAAACAAUGUUACAUUAUGGAAGGAAGCAGUUGAUGGAGAGUGGGAGCAAGUGAGUGUAGUCGAGCCAUAGAUUAAAGGUGCCUCUGCUUUUCUAUCUUUUUCAGUCACUGUAUUGCCUUUAUCCAAAUCGAAAUCGAAACAAACUAGUCCGUCUUAUAACUAUAUUUUUUGUAUUGGUUUUGUAUGAGCACUUAAACCGUCUUGGUUAGUUGGUAUUUUUGCUUGCCAGAUUCAGAAAGAAAUGAGGGUAUUAUUCAUGAUUCUGUCAAUAUUUUGGAUUAGGAUGAACUAGCCUGAUGCGCUGUGAUCAAUUCAUGUAUUUGUUUAGCUUGGAUUUUGCCAUGGUUUUCCUGGGAGGAUUGGACAAAAUUACAGGAAAUUACAAUUUCUUACAAUUAUUAUU